GGGAGGGGAGGGGGCAGCCUGUCCGUGGGGGAGAGCUGCCCCCGUGCGCUGGCCGUGGGGUGGUGCCGGGCCUCGUCCCCGUGGAGGAGGGGACGGGACGGGACGGGACGGGAGGAACGACCAGCAAGACCCUCUGCAGCCCGUCGGAGAUUUAAUCCCUGGAGCGAUUGCGGAGGUGACGUUGUGGGAUCUCCGCUGCAGAGCUGGACGCACGCCGGUCUGGGACGGUUCGGACGGGCUGGCCCUUCCUUGAGCUGGGGCUGGGCUAGCUGGGACCUCCUCGCGUCCCCGCCAGCCCCGCGGCUCUGCGACUCCACUCUCCUUCGCAGCGCCCGUCUGAUUUACUCGGACCUGCUCUAAACAGAACAAGGCAACCGCAGUAUGAUAAAAAUCUGUGGAUGGCAUCAUGUGAGCUCCAGACAGAUCUGCUGCACUGUAACAUCCUGUUGUCCGGACGCUCCUGCCAGCCCCAGGAUCGGGUGCUGGCUGGUGAGAUGAAUUGGUGGCAUUAGCAAGUUGUGCCCAAAGCAGCUUUUUCCACUGUGCUUGACUCAACACACAGCUAUUCUUAAGGGGAAGCACCCGCCAGUGAGGUGUGAAGAGAGCCCAGCCCUGCAUCAGGGGUCCAUCCAUCCCGUGCCUCGAUGGCUGGCAAGCCCAGCGAGUGGAGCUCCGUUCUUUCCAACGCCGUCCUGUGCGCGGUCUCUCUGAGCUCGGCUGUACGGACUAGCGAGGUGAACCGUGGCGCUGCGGCUGGGUUUCUCCUCCAGGCGCUGGCAGCGCUGCUGGGAGCAGCUGGUGCCCUCUGGCCGUCCCUGGGGCUUAGCUUGGAGGCAGACUCCCCACCCAACUCCUGGGUCUCCACGGUGGUUGGCCUCCCUCUCAUGGCCUUCGGCUUCCACUGGCUGAACGGCGACCACUCCACGGCCAACCUGCUCUUGGGCGGGGCACUGCUGCUGGCCGCCGGCUCUGGCUACCUCACCGAGGAGGGCAGGGCCGUGGUGGCCCGGUCCGUCGCCUUGGUGACUGCCAUCACCAUCCUCAUCCUCUCCGUGUUCACCACCAAUGCUUGCGGGGUGCUGGGCAGCCUGGCGCUGGGCGCUGCUGGCCUGCUGUCUGGGGCAGGGCUGGACGGGCUGCCGCUGCUUGCGGAGGAAGAUGCUGUCUGCUACCUCUUGGCAGCAGGCAGCCUGGCCCUGCAGCAGGCUCUCCGCACCCAGCACCGCGACCUGGAGCAGGAGGCUCAGAGGCUGCUCUCUGCCUGGUAGUCACAGCUGUCAUCCUGCGACAUGACCAAGCCCUGCUCCGCUCAGUGGAAGGCUGCGUCCUGGCUGGCAGACAGUGGCGUUACAACAUGCGCAUCCCCGCAGCUCGCGAGAUUUGGGACCAAUGUGUGAUGGGUUGAAGCUCAGGGAGUCCUGCUUCAUGCUGGGGGGAGGAUGCCGGAGACCAGGUCCUGGUGAUUGCCCGCAGCUGCCCCUGGGGGGGCAGGAGAUUGUUGUACUGCUCCUGUGAAAGGUGCUGACUGUCGCCCUGGGCCUCCGGGCUCAGCGCAGGGGCUGUGGAGCCAACUCCAGGAGCUCUCAUGCAGACCCAGCCUUCCAGGGAGAACCUGGGCAUUGGGCCUGCUGGUCGUUGCCUGCUGCUGUUGGCCAGCGCCAGACUCGAGGGAACCGGAGGAGCCUGCAGCCCUUAGCCAGGGCCACCACAGAGACGGGACUGCUCCAGUCCAUCCACACACCCCAAUGCUGGGGAGCCUGGUGCCUGCUGGGGCGGAGCAGCCAAGCCAAGCAGUUCUGGUCGGCAGGUCUCCCCCAGAUGUAAAGCACCCUUGAAGCGGGGGGGUGCAGUCCCUGGAGAGUUUGCAGGCAUUAAAUUUAGGAUUCCCAUGA